GUCCUGCGCGCCCCGACGCCCCGCCUGCGCCACGGGCCCGAGUAGUGGGCGCGGGGCGGCCCGCUCGGCUCCUCCGCACCCGCUCCCCGCUCGGGCCGAGGCGCCGCGGCUGCGCGCCCCUCCUGGAGGAGGAGGAGGAGGAAGGAGGCGGGAGGAGGAGUUGCAGAGAGAAGGCGAGCGCGGCAGUCGCGCCGGUGCUGGGCGAGGAAGCGGAGCCGGGCCGCCUCCGGCCUGCCUUGGUGCCUUGGAGGAAGCUGGUUGGUGGACAGUGGAUUUGAUAAGGAUUCCUGGAAGAACUUCUAUCUGGAGUUUGACCCGAGCUUUCUUUCCGCUUGUGCCUGAGUAAGGAUGAGCCAGAAAAUGGCUCCAAAGCUUAAAUGAAGCAGGAAAAAUACAUAGAUGCAGCCUUGCAGCCUCUCCAGAUGUUUGGGGAUAAUAUUCCAGAUAGAAAUUUUGAUCCCUUGGAUUAGGUAACUAGUCAUAAUGAAGAAAAUUAGUCUUAAAACCUUACGGAAAUCUUUUAACUUGAAUAAAAGUAAAGAAGAAACUGAUUUCAUGGUAGUACAACAACCAUCGCUAGCCAGUGACUUUGGAAAAGAUGAUUCCUUGUUUGGUAGCUGCUAUGGUAAAGAUAUGGCCAGCUGCGAUAUCAACGGUGAAGAAGAAAAAGGUGGAAAAAACAGAUCGAAAAGCGAGAGCCUGAUGGGUACGCUAAAAAGGCGGCUUUCUGCAAAACAGAAGCCAAAAGGCAAGGCGGGCACACCCUCUGGGAGCUCUGCCGAUGAGGACACCUUCUCCUCCUCCUCAGCACCCAUAGUCUUUAAAGACGUGAGAGCUCAGAGGCCGAUAAGGUCCACCUCGCUCCGCAGCCAUCACUACAGUCCCACGCCGUGGCCUCUGCGGCCCACGAACUCCGAGGAGACCUGCAUCAAGAUGGAGGUGAGAGUCAAGGCCUUGGUUCACUCUUCCAGCCCGAGCCCAGCCCUGAAUGGCGUCCGGAAGGAUUUCCACGACCUCCAGAACGAGACCGCGUGCCAAGAGCAAGCCAAUCCACUGAAGAGCUCGGCCUCUCAUAACGGAGACCUGCAUCUCCACCUGGAUGAACAUGUGCCUGUCGUUAUUGGACUUAUGCCUCAGGACUACAUUCAGUAUACUGUGCCUUUAGAUGAGGGGAUGUAUCCUUUGGAAGGAUCACGGAGCUAUUGUCUCGAGAGCUCUUCUCCCAUGGAAGUCUCUGCGCUGCCUCCUCCGGUGGGAGGGCGCUCUUUCCCCGAAGAUGAGAGUCAGGUAGACCAGGACCUGGUUGUCGCCCCAGAGAUCUUCGUGGAUCAGUCCGUGAAUGGCUUGUUGAUUGGCACCACGGGAGUCAUGUUGCAGAGCCCGAGAGCGGGUCACGAUGAUGUCCCUCCACUCUCACCAUUGCUACCUCCAAUGCAGAAUAAUCAAAUCCAAAGGAACUUCAGUGGACUCACUGGCACAGAAGCCCACGUGGCUGAAAGUAUGCGCUGUCAUUUGAAUUUUGAUCCGAACUCUGCUCCUGGGGUUGCAAGAGUUUAUGACUCAGUGCAAAGUAGUGGUCCCAUGGUCGUGACAAGCCUUACAGAGGAGCUGAAAAAACUUGCAAAACAAGGAUGGUACUGGGGACCAAUCACACGUUGGGAGGCAGAAGGGAAGCUAGCAAACGUGCCAGACGGUUCUUUUCUUGUUCGGGACAGUUCUGACGACCGUUAUCUUUUAAGCUUGAGCUUUCGCUCCCAUGGUAAAACACUUCACACUAGAAUUGAGCACUCAAACGGUAGGUUUAGCUUUUAUGAACAGCCCGAUGUGGAAGGACAUACGUCCAUAGUUGAUCUAAUUGAGCAUUCAAUCAGGGACUCUGAAAAUGGAGCUUUUUGUUAUUCAAGGUCUCGGCUGCCUGGAUCUGCAACUUACCCCGUCAGACUGACCAACCCAGUGUCCCGGUUCAUGCAGGUGCGCUCGCUGCAGUACCUGUGUCGUUUUGUUAUACGUCAGUAUACCAGAAUAGACUUAAUUCAGAAACUGCCUUUGCCAAACAAAAUGAAGGAUUACUUACAGGAGAAGCACUACUGAAAGGUUGAGAACCCUGCAUCUUGCACUUUGGGAAUAAGAACAAAAGAUUGAAAUACAGUUUACAGACUUUCAUUGCCAUCAAAAUAUUUUGCUGCCAUAACUAUUUCAGUUUUAUGUGUAAAAGAGUCAUCAGUUUGUUUAGGGGUGGGGAAGUGUCAGCAAGGUGUCUUGGGUUUAUUUUGGUUCUUUAAAAAGGGAAGUCUUGAGGUUUUAGAGGUGUGAAUUAUCUUUCAUCAAUGUGCAGAAUAAUCACAAUGUGAAUUAUCAAAUUCUCCUAAUGCCCCUCCCCCCAGUCCUUUGCUGCUAUCCACUGUGAUUUUUAUGCAUUAAAAGCACAUUUCAUGUGUAUUCAACCCUAAGUAAAACUGAAUGAAACUUACAGAAUGGAAAUUGCUAUGUCUUUUUAAAUGGCCCAUUUUCAAAAGAUAGUGUUGAAUAAACAUACCUGUGUGAUAAAACACAGAAUUUACUAUACACUGAAGAUGAGUUUUUAAUCUCUUUAAAAAGAUUUAUUUAGAAUCGCGAAUUGACAUAAUCUUGGGUAACGGAACGGAGAUCUGCAACUUAUCUUUUAACAACACUUUUUUCUAAAUUAUUUCUAAGGUUGUGCUAAUUCUUUUGGUUGUGAAAAGUUGAAUUUUUCUGUCGCCUUCAUUUUCAUCUUAUAGUUUGUCUAUUUUAAUAAAUGGCCUUACAUUAAAAAAUUGUAAAGAAAUGUAUACCACCAAUUUAGAAAUUGUUGCCUUUUCUGUAAUUGAACUCAGAUACAAAUUGGCGCAUAACAUGAAAACCUAUGGAACUAGAAUUAUUAUUAAAGAAAUAUUAGAUGAUCAUAGCUUCCUGUGAUAGCAUUUUUUUGUGUGUUACCUAUACUUUUGGUAAAAUGUUUUAUCUGUGAUUUCUUUAGCUUAGUCAGCAUUUUCUUGGGUGAACUUGAUUGUCAACUAAUUUUCAUAAAUGAACUGGAUUCUCUUGCAACAUUAGUGUUUAUAAAAAGUUUUAAAUUGAUUUGAAUAGAAAGAAAACAUUGUUUUAAAGUUGGACUUAUAUUUUUCUUCUAUGUAGUUAGUAUAAAAGUGUGCUGGAUUUGACCAAUCCUUACCCCCACUAUAAAGAGAACCCUUGAUGACUUCAGUUUAAAAAUUGUGGAAAUUGUGGAGCAAUUUUUCUCACAAUGUGAGAAAAAUUUUAGACCAUAUUAGAUAAUGUGGAAGUCAUAUUGUCUAUCAUGUAUACUGCCAUUUAAAAAUAGGUUUUUAAAUUUUAGCUAAGUCUUAAGUAAUUUGCCAUUGCUAAUUUAUCUCCUUGAGUCGGUUGUUGGGGAGGGAUGUUAUAUUCAAUGAUUUUUAGUUGUUUUGAAAUGCAGAGUGUUUAUUCAUUUCACAGUUCUGCAAUGGAUGUAGUAUUUUGGGAUUGCCCUGUCUAGAAAAUUUUCAGCUACACACCUUUAAAGGAAAAGGUUUCUAUUUCAGAUGAAACUUGUAAUUUGGGAUGGUUCUUCCUUUGUCACUUAAAGGAAGAGAUGGGAAGAGUCUCUUACCCACUUUAAACAUGAGGGUAAAGGUUUAGGUCAAACUUACUGGCUUUGUCAUUGAAACAUAUCUGAAUCCUCACUUUUUUCUCUUUGUUUUUUAGGGUCAGAACUGAGAUAUUACCAAGAAAAGGCACAAUGCCGUAAUAUUAUGGUCUUACGGUAUUUUGACUUAAAGGGGAAAAGGUACUUAAUUUUGGUGGGAUGUUGAUUGUACCUUGUUACAAAGACUCUUUCAUUUUCUCAUAUGUUUUCUCCUAAUAAGAUGGAAUAUGGAGUAUACUGUAAUAAUAUAAUUUAAGUGUUCAUUAUAAGCUAUUUGGAUUAAGAACUAUUACAGAGUUGUAAGCUUGUUAUCAAAUUAAUGCAAGACAUUUAAACUAUUUUUUUGCAAAACUAUUUAUUUUUAAAACAACUUAAAGUAUAUCUAGGGUGAGUUAAAAGUCCCUGUGCAUCUAUAUUAGAUGGCAGGUUUUGUCACAGAGUCACUGUGUAUUAAUAAUAAAUGUUGAAAUGGCUUCUCCGUGUCUCCAGAAGCAUUUACAUGUCCUCCUUGUGAGAUCAUGGUGCACAGAGGUCUUUGGACUGCCCUGAACCCGUCUUAUGUGGACAUAACCUAUUCCCUGCGUUUUCUCAUCAUGUCAUGUGUUUAAGAUCUACCCGCUUAGUGUCAAGAUGAUUCAGAUUUUCAUCUAAAUGUUUUUAAAAUUGUAUUUUGUGUUUUAGUGGAGGACAGUCUUGAUACCGUUCUAAUUCAGAAAGCCAAAUUUUGAUGCGCUUUUGUAUGUUCAUAAUAUAUACUUUAAUAUGCCCUUUUCUAAUCUAGUUUGAAAUUGUUAGAUUCUGAUAGUAUAAUGAUAAAGUCAAACUAUUUGCCAAAAAGUUAAAUUUACAAGCAGAAAGAUGUUUUUGCGAUAUUUUCUACUUUUGUGUAGAAAGAUAACCAUUUGGGGUAGGCAGCACAACAAUGUGAAAGAUUGGCUUUAUAUGAUAGUAACACAGUCCGGUUAAAAGUGGAAACAGGGAAAAGAGAGAGAGAAAACUCAUCAUUUAGUUUGGUCUAGACACAAUUUGGUUAAAUUUUAGGAUUCUAUUGGCAGUUGACAUCUAUGACAUGGACACAGCCUAUGAGUGCUUUUUAAAUACGUGCUUCUAAAAAUCUGCGCUCAAGGCAAGAAAAAACAGGAAAGCUGUAUCCAUUUGCCAUAAUAGAUGAAUCAGAGUUGUUUUCUGUUAAAUAUUUCAUCACAAAAUAUGAUGGAGGCCAGAAGCUAUUUUUAGGCUUACUAUAACACUAUUAUGCAUUUUUAUAAAUAAUAAGAAGGCUAUAGAAAGUACUUGAAAAAUAUCUAAUUCUCUUUCUGUCUAAGGAAAACUCUUUCUACUUGGUGCAAUAAUCUGAAAAUUUAGAAGGUUAAAAUAUGUCACAGGAAAUGAUCAUCGAACUAAAAAUAGUUUUUAAGGAAACCAGCUACACGGGGCAACCAUCUUGCUGUUGAAGAAAAUAAAGUUCCAAAAGGCUAAAUCAUUGGCAUAAAGGAAACAAAACCCAAAGUAUACAUUGUAAUUUUUGAGCCAGGAUAAAAGUUAUUAUUGAAACAGGAUAAAAGUUACUAAAAUCUAACAUAGAUUAAUGCAAUGUCUCUGCUAGUGCUACAGGUUUAAAAUAAUCUUGGUAACAAUGCUUUCAGAAAUGCCAAUUUUAAUUACUGUACAUUUCACAUUGUAUAUGGGAGAUACUGCUUUACGAAUGAAUCAGAAUAAUACAUUUUCAUUUAAAUCUUAAUUGCUUUUCAUCCAAUGUGAAGUCUUAAUUUCAAAAUGAACUCACUACCAGCAAUAGGCAGUUUUCUUGAAUACUCUAAUAAGGAACAAUAGCCAGUUCCGUGAAUAACUUUAAAAUUCUAAAAGUGUUGGUACACUAGCAAUCACAAAUUUGGUUUCUUUUAAUGCUUUUUUAAUCCUGUAAAGAAGGUUUUUUAUAAACAUUCUUUUUAUUAAUCAGUCAUAACAUGGCAAAGUGUGUAGUUGCUGUUUCUGAAAAGUGAUCCAAACUCUACAUCCAGAGAUUAUGAAAAAUUCUUAUAGAAUUUUGUAAUAAGUAUAUACAUUUUGGGUUAAAGAAAUUUCAUAGUUGUUGGAGUGCCAUGAAAUUAAUACUUGCAAUUCAGAUUGCGGUAGUUUACACUUUUUCUGUAUGUUUCAAAUCAGGUGUGUACCAUUUGUACUGAGAACACAACAGAAUGAAUUAUCCAAAGUCCAUUGAUUUUAAUACGUGUUUGGGUUUGUAAACAAAUUAUAGUAAUUUCUUGCACAUUUUUGGAAAUUAAUUGUAUAAGAAUUUAUGUAUCUGCUUCUAGAUACAGUGUGUAAAUAAAAAAUUUCGUUCACAAGA